CAAGAUGGUGAGGGCGUAUGGGAAUAAAGUGAACAAGAGAAAGGAGAGACAAGAGAGGUACGAUAAGGAAGAAGAUGAAGAAGAUGAGCAACCCAAGUUUGAGCAAAAGCAAAAGGAAGAAGAAAGUGUUAAGAAGGCGAAAAGAGAAAGCACCUCAAAGACAGAGGAAGACAAUGAAGAGAAAGAAGUAAGUGAUGAAGCAGCAGAUGAUGUCGAUGAGGGGAUACCUAUUGUCCUUUCCGACAAUAAGAAGGAGAAGCCUGGCGUUGUUUUCGUGCUUGAGAAUGCCUCUCUUGAAGUUGCCAAAGUUGGAAAGACUUACCAGCUUCUCAACUCUGAUGAGCAUGCCAACUUCUUGAGAAAAAACGACAGAAACCCUGCUGAUUACAGACCAGACAUCACUCAUCAGGCUCUUCUGAUGAUUUUGGAUAGUCCGGUUAAUAAGGCUGGAAGGUUGAAAGCUGUUUACGUUAGAACAGAGAAAGGUGUUCUUUUUGAAGUUAAGCCUCACGUUCGUAUUCCAAGAACUUACAAGCGAUUCGCUGGAAUCAUGUUGCAAUUGCUACAAAAGCUUAGCAUUACUGCAGCUGGUGGGCGUGAGAAACUUUUACGAGUGAUCAAGAACCCUGUUAAAGACCAUCUACCUGUUGGCUCCAUUAAAAUAGGAUUCUCGCAUAGCUCUCAAAAGCUCGUCAGUAUGCAGAAGCACCUAGCUACCAUCUGUAAUGACUCAGACACUGUUUUUGUGGUCGGUGCGAUGGCUCACGGGAAAAUAGAAUGUGACUAUAUCGACGAUUUUGUGUCCAGGUAUCCUCUGAGCGCAGCCUACUGUAUCUCAAGGAUCUGUGAGGCAUUAUCAACAAAUUGGAAUAUAAUU